AUUUGUCCACAAAAAAAAUUGUUCAAAAAAAUGUUGUCCAAAAAAAUGUGAUAUUUGAUAAUUAAACUCAAGAUUUUCAUUAUUAUUGUCCGAUAAAAUAUUCAAUUGGUAACCACUAUAUGACUUACAAUUAAAACUCACCCCCCCUCUCUCUCUCCCCACCCCCAAAAAUAUGUCAAUAAAGAGUCGCCGUAAUCGUUCACUACAAUGCCGUACCCGUAAACAUGUACCGAUGCCGACCGGUCCGCUCAAAAUUAUCGGCUAUCGGGACAUUAUGACCGGAUUUAGCAAAAAGGGCGGAGUAUUGGUUCGGCUCUACUAUCCGGCCGCUAAUCAAUCGAAAAGUAUUGAAGAGCAGCACCUGAUUUGGCCCAAUUGGUUGCCACACGAAAACUAUAGUCGCGGUUACGGUGAUGUUGCAGACAUACGAUGGGAACCGCUUUUUCGUUUUAUUCAACGUCUGAAUGGCGACAUAUUUAUACCGGCCAUACCUAAUGCCAAACCGUUACGAGAAAAAGGUGGUAAACCCUAUCCUGUUAUUGUCUUCUCGCACGGUUUGGGCGGCUGUCGGACUGCCUAUUCAUCUAUUUGUUUGGAGUUAGCAUCGCAUGGAUUUAUAGUGGCCGCGGUCGAGCACAGGGAUAAUACAGCCUGUCUGUCCUUUUAUGCCAAACAAGUACGCUAUUCAAUGAGAGAGUCGAAUCCAAACUUUUUCAGCGAAACCGACGGUCUUAUGGUAGAUGAACCUGAUUUUGGCGAUGAAAUCGAUGAUCCAAAUUAUAUACCACCCAAAGCACUGGCAGCCGUCUCAUCCGUACCACAUAUAGCCAUGGAAUGGGUUCGCUUCAGGAAUAUCCCGAUUACAAAAACCGGUAGAAAAAUCUACAAUUUCCGUAAUCAACAAAUUCAUCACAGAGUUAGGGAGUGUUCGCGUGCUCUCGAUUUGUUGGAGGCAUUACAAGCUGGCUAUGAGCUCAAUAACCUGUUGGAUCCGCUGUUCAAUAUAUCAGAGUUUGAGGGACUGAUCGAUCUUGAAAAGGCCAUAAUAAUGGGCCACUCGAUGGGCGGCGCGACAGCUUUAAUGUCUGCCGGAACUGAACUCAGGUUUAAAGUUGCCGUCUGUUUGGACGCCUGGAUGUAUCCAAUCAAAGACGAAUGUUUUGAUUUGGUUACCCAACCGAUACUUUUUAUUAAUACUGAAAAUUUUAUUGAAAUGGAAGCAAAUCUGAAUAAAAUGAAAGAAUUGAUGACAACAACAGACAAUCCAAUUGGUAGUGAAUCAUCUGUUGCUGAAGAUUAUCGUAAGGCUCAGUCCAUCAGAGGUGCCGUACAUUUCAAUCAAUGCGAUAUUCCGUUUGUGUUUCAUUGGUUGACAAAAUUAUUUAUCGGACAAUAUGGCCAACGAUCUAAACGUAACCGAUUUACAGCUAUGGACUUAAGCAGCUAUUUGGCCCUUUCGUUCAUAAGCAAACAUUUAGACAUUAUUAUUGAUGAAGACGUUGAGACCUACCUAAGCGAACAAAAGAAAAAAUUCAAACCCACUUUCAAGAAGUGACUUAACAAUUGAUUGUAAUAAAUCAAUGAUAAUUUCAUUAAUAAAUCGACUGAUUUACUCUAUAAAUCAUUUAAAUAUAUAUAU